AUGGACACCCCAACUCGCCGCUCUCCAAGGAAAAAAAAAGGAAAACCUGUUCCGAAAAAGAAACCCGAUGCAGUUGCCACACCAAAACCACCAGAAACCUCAACCACCAACAAUGAAGACACCCCGAAACCUGAGGAAAAAAAACGAGGCUUUCCACGCUGGUCGGUCGAAGAAGACAAAAAACUUUGUGUUGCUUGGUUAAAUACGAGCCGAGAUGCCAUCGUUGGGAACGGACAGAAGGCGGCCACCUUUUGGGAACGCAUUCACGAAAUGCAUUCCGAACUUAUUAACGAAUACAACGAAGAAAAAAAAGGUGCGAAGGGCUUCAAAGAGCUUCCUCUACGACCCGUCGGUGCCGUUGAAUGCCGUUGGGCACACAUACUCAAGGUUCUUAACAAAUUUUCGGGCUGCUACUCAAAUGUUGAGCGACGUAUGAAGAGCGGAAAAACCCGCGAAGAUGUUCUUACGGAGGCCAAGGAGCUAUACAAGACCUCCUCCGGGUCUUGCUUCAAUCUCGAUCACUGCUGGGGAAUCUUGAAGGAUACCCCCAAAUGGCAGGCAACUCAGCAAGAAAACGACGGCCGAGGCAAGAAGGCGAUUCAAGCUCAAUCAAACUCACAAUCAACAGUGGCCGCACCGUCUUCCGACAUGCCAAGCUCGACCCCGGCUGCAUCCAGCCCUACUGUAGUUAUCGAUGCCGAUGAAGACGAUCCAGAAAACAGUCGAUCUGUUAUUGGGAACGUUCGUUUGGAGGGUCAAAAAGCUGCCAAACGGAAACGCGCGGAAGACAACGCGAUUGAGAAGAUCAUUUCGAUGCAACGGGACCUCGUUCAGAUCUCACGCGAACGGUUGUCCUCAAUGCAAGCAUCAAUGCGAUCAUCGGCGGAUGAAGCAGUGAUGUCAAAAGAUCUCUCUAUGUUGGAUGAAGACAGCCGUACUUAUUAUCAAAAGAAGAAGAGAGCGAUCAUUGCUCGCGAGAUACAAGAGGAAAAAGAGAUGGAAGAGAAAGCAAGAAAAGAGAGGGAUUUGAAGGAGAAAAAAGAGAAAGAAGAAAAGCAGCGAAAGGAAAAGGAAGAAAAACAAGCGAAGGAAAAAGCAAUCACGGCCCACAACGAGACCGAGGAAGAGGAAGAUGAAGACAAUGCCGAAGACGAAGCCGAGGACGAAGCCGAACCCGAUGUAGAAGAUGAAGCUGAAGCGACGGAUGACGAUGUGGACGAAGAUCAAUGA